AUGUCUAGUGAUAAAAGACGCAUUUUCUUCUGUGUGUACUUUGAGCAGGGCCCGAGAGGCACACAAGGAACUCCCCGCGUCUUUCACUGUGGCCUCUGGGUUGAGGAAAAGGGCAGCAAAGGCCCCGGCGAUUACUUUCACAUUCAAUUUCAUCCUGUAUACUCUAAUCGUCCUGAUUAUCCAUCCGGAUGGGUCUAUUCAUCAUCUACAGCGCGGUCCAGGGAGGAGAAUUGGAGGGAACCAAGCCAGCUGAUUGGGCGCAUCCUGUUGGGCAAACUGGCGCCAGGUGUCACAGCCUCACACAUCCACGAGAUCUGCCGGACCGUGGCCCGGCCUAACGAUAGGGAGGACUGCUGGGACUGGACAGGGCGUGCUAUCUCUGCCAUCCAGCUCCAGCGCUACCUGACGCGUCACUCAUGGAGUGGCCCAGAUGGCCUGAAGGCGAGGGCCUACCAGCAGUCUUGCAGUUGGUGGGAAAAGGACAAGGGGAGAAUUCCUAACAAGCCACACUAUUGGGAUAUAUAUGGGACGGAAAGCAGCCACUGUGUGGUGAUGUGA